CGACUCCUUGGUUCUCAGCCUCCACAAGUUGUGGACCACAACACACUCCCAGUUUCCUCCCACGCAACACAAAGCGGCCGGCGAACCAACAUGCAGCUCACGAGUCCGUGCCGCCACACCAUGCCGCUCCUCGUCGCCGUCCUUGUCCUCGCGGCGGCGGCAGCGGCCGACGGCGCCCUCUGCGACAAGGCGGUCCUCCUGGCCGUCAAGUCCGCCCUGGGCAACCACCCGGACCUCUCCGGCUGGAACUCCACCGCGCCCUGCUGCGCCUGGCCGGGCAUCUCCUGCGACGCCGCCACCGGCCGGGUCACCGAGCUCACGGUCUUCGCGCUCAACAUCUCGGCGCCGGUCCCGGCCGCCAUCGCCAACCUCACCGCCCUGCAGACCGUCAACCUGGCCUACAACCGCCUCUACGGCCGCAUCCCGGCGUUCCUGGGCCCGCGCGCCCUCCCGGACCUCACCUUCCUCCGCCUCGACGGCAAUCUGCUCGACGGCCCCAUCCCGCCGACGGCCACCGUGCACGACCUCUCCGUCGUCGGCAACCGCCUGGCAGGCCCGCUCCCGGCCGCCUUCGCGGGCGCGGAGUUCGGCAGCGUGGACCUCGCCGACAACCAGCUCACCGGCGACGCGUCGGCGCUGUUCGGCGCCGGGAAGCGGGUGAACUCGGUGCGGCUGUCGCGCAACCGGUUCGCGUUCGACCUCGGCCGCGUCGAGCUGCCGGCGGCGCUGGACAUACUGGCCGUCGACCACAACAUGAUGUACGGCGGCAUCCCGGCGGCCGCGGCGGCGAGGAAGUGGCUGGCGUUCGACGUGAGCUACAACAGUCUGUGCGGGCCGAUCCCGCAGGGCCGGUACACGCACAGGUUCGGCCCCAAGCACUUCGCGCCCAACAAGUGCCUCUGCGGCCGCCCGCUCGCGCCCUGCAGCUAAGGUGCCUUAGGUGGCCGCUCACUGUGACGGUGACCGCCUCGCUGAUGAUGUAUUGCUAUUGCUAGUACUUUGGCAGUGCUCUGCUGAAUAUCUCCACGCCUUUGAGUUAGCAAUAAAGCCCUUCUUAAUGUA